AUGCCAAAUAAUCGCAUCGCACUCACUAUUUUUGCUUGUGCUGUUUUUGUUGUUAAAGGUGAGUCAUGUUGAAAAUUUGGAUUUUUCAGAAAGGCUCUGAAAAUUAUUGUGAUCUUGGAAAAAAAUGUUGAAAUUUUUAAAAAUCAUUUUGUGAUCUUAGCAGGGCUUGCGAUGCACGCCCUGUACAGUUUUAGGGCAAAAAAUGGCCCAGAAAGCCUACCAGUCCAAAAUUAGACCGAUUUUCAGACUCGUAACUUUUUAUCAAUUGAAAACUUCAUUAAGUUUUAAAACUAUUGCCACGUGGCAUUUUUAAUAGUUAAAAAUUUGAAAUUCAGAAUUUUUUGAAAAAUUUCAGAAGUAAUUCAAAAUCCAAAGGAAAUGUUGAAAAAUACACAGUUUUCAUGAAAUUUUUUUUUAAUUUUUAAAUGCUAAGCCUAAACUAUCUCAGCAGGGCUUGCGAAGCACGCCCUGUACAGUUUCGGGCCAAAAAUAGUCUAGAAGUCCAAAAUUCGUCUGAUUUUUAGACUGGUAGGCUUUUUUUAAACUUUAUUUGAUUUAAAACAAUUGCCACGUGGCAUUUUUAGCUACUUAUGUUAAACUUUAAAAUUCAGAAUUUUCUGAAAAAUUGUUUAAUAGAAAAAUUUUUUCGAUUUGUUUUAAAUUAAAAAUCCAGGAAUUUUCAAAUUUUCUGGAAAAAUGUUUAAAUUUUCAAAAAACCCUCAAAUUUUCGCAAUUUCAGAAAUCCAACCAUAUUGUCGCGUUGAAGAAUGUUCGAAUUGGUUUCAAAAAACCAAAGACUAUGAGAAUAUCCUUCCCUCAAACUCGAUGAGAUAUUGUCAAAUAGUUUGGCAAUAUUCGGAAUGUCUCAAUUCAACUCGUAUUUCUUGCCGUGGCCAUCUUUCAUUUCAUUCGUCACAAUUAGUCGUUGAACGACAAUCCAAAUAUUUUAAUUGUACACAAUUUGAUUUUCGAGAUGAUGAAAACAACAAGAAACAUGGUUUGGAGCAAGCCAAUAUUUGCUAUUAUAAUCCACCGCCGACUUCUCAUCGGAAAAUGAGGUGAGGAUGAGUUAUGACGUGGCAAAAUUGGAAAUAUGCUUCAGAAUUUUUCCACAGUAAUCCACGUGGCAUACUGAAAUUGAGGAAUUUUUAAAAUAAUUUUUUAGGCUAAAUUUGAAAUUUGAAUAUUCAAAAUUUUAAAUUUUCCAAAAAAAUUGUGAAUUUUUGGUGCUGAAUUUGAAAUUUUCUUAAAUUUUUUAAUUUUUGUACCGAACUUCAAAUUUAAAAUUUUUAAUUUUUCUACAAAUUUUUAAUUUUGAGCGCUCAAAUUUGCCACGUGGAAUUUCUAUUCAAAAUUUGAAUUUCUUUUAGUUUUCCCAGAAAAAAUACUUUGAAGAUUUUUGCGCGAAUUUUGAAAAUUCAAAUUUUCUUCGAUUUUCACUGUCAAUUUUGCCACGUGGAUUUUUUUUUUUGAAAUUUUGUUAAAUUUUCCCAAUAAAAAUACUUAGAUAAUUUUGCGCAAAACUUGGAAAUUCAAAUUUUCUUCGAUUUUCACUGUCAAAUUUAAACACUGAAAAUGUUUGCCACGUGGAAUUUUCGCGCCAAAUCUGGAAAAUUCAAAAAAAAAUUCCAGAUACUGUACAUUAUUCGGCGAUCCGCAUCUUCUAAAAUUCGACGGAACUUUCGAAACUUGCAGUGAGGAAGGAGCACGCCCUCUCGUGGAUAAUCGAUAUUUUCUGGUGCAGGUCACCAAUAAAAAUGUGCGCGGAGAAGCGUUGACAACUACAGUAAGCAAGGUGAGUUUUUAAAGGGGCAUAGUGGCCAGGGAGUCCAAAAAAAAAGCAUUAUCGAAAAAAAAAUCCCAAAACUUUCCAGGUCACAGUUCUGAUUCGAAAGCACAAUUGUACAGGAACUUUAAAAUACGAGGCUUCAGCUGAUGAACAAUUUUUAUCAAGAGGAUUUGUGGACGGGACAACGCAUUCGAGAGAUCACAGACAUAAUCGGAAUUCUGUAGAGGUAAAUGACAAAAAAAACUGUUUGUCGGCGGGUGGGGUCGAACUCUGGUUACGCGAUUCGCAGGCAGACAUGUUAACCACUCGACCACGCUGAAAAAACACAAAUUCAAACCACGCGGGGUUUCGUCAACGCGGAGUCUGGUUGUUUUCUUUUUAUUUUUUUGCAAUUUCUUUCAAUUUUUUCGGAAAAUGACAAUUUGCAUGGAAAAAAUUAUUUUCUGGGUAUGAAAAAAAUAAAUUGAAGAAUAAUUUUUCAAAAUUUGCAGGUCUUGUGGCAGGAAUCGAACUACAUCGAGAUUGCACUGCAUUUCAUCCACUCAUCAAUUCAUAUUCGAAGACAAGGUCCAUAUUUAGCAGUUUCGAUCAAAUCACCAACAAAUGUUCUCGAAACCGGCUCAUCUUUGAAUGAAUUAUGUUGGAAAGGUUGUCGAAAAUCGGCGAAAAUUCGAAUUGAAGAUGCAUUUGAGAAACCGAAUGAUUUUGCAAAAUGUUAUGCGAGACGAGUUCAUGUUCCGAUCAGAAUUGCUGAAGGUCAGAGAGAUUUUCUAGUGGGAAAUGCCACGUGGCAAAAAUUGAAUUGCCGUAAAAAUCCAAAAAUUUAAAAUUCUGAUUUAUUUUACAGUACUCCCUUUUUUUAAAUUAGCUAGUUUUUGCAGUUUGGCAUACUGUAGUCACACCUGACGAGACGUGUCCAAAAUGGACACUGUACAUUUUUUUCAAAAGUCACACUGCAUUUUUUUCGAAAAAAAACUUUGUUUCCUUUUCAUCAACAUUUAACUUGGUGAAAUAAAUGCACAUUUAGUUCAGUGGUAGGCCAUUUUGCUAGUGUUCAGAAGGCCCAGGUUCGAAUCUUCAUUCGAGCUAACUUUUUUUUUUUCCCAACUUCAAAAUCAACUUCAGAUUGCGAAUUUUUCGAAGUUUCUCGGUGAAAAUCAACUCAGCAGACUUUGUUUUAGUGUGGUAACAUAAUGUGCAGUGUGGAAUUUACGUGACUGCUUAGCAAACCAUAGUGUCACUGAAAUUUCAAAAAAAUUGACUUUCUAUGAAAAAACUUCAAAUUCCACACUGCACAUGGGUAAAUUCAAAAACUACGCUUAAAAAUACACCAACUUUCUGAAUAUACCAACCCUUGAUAUGUGCUCGAAAAAAAUGCCGUCCGAUUCUUUGUAAUGUCCAUAUUUACCAUCAAAAUGGACACUUCAAAAUAACAGCGAAAUAGGGCAUUUCCACACUGCACUCAUGGUGUUCCACACUGCCUAUGACCUUAGCAAUCUAUUGGAAAAAAAUCAACUAUAUCCGUUAAGCCUAAGCUUAGUUAUCCUAACUUCAAAUUUUGAGCAACGUUGCAACGCAUUCGUUUGAAAACAGUUUCCUUUCCACCAACAUUUUCCCCUCGGGAGAAAAAGAGAUGUGGCCGAGAGGAUAGCAUUUUAGACUGGCGAGCAUGAGACCAGGGUUCGAAUCCUCCUGCCCGCGGACUUUUUUCGAAAAACUUGAAAAUUUCACGCUGCACAUUUUUUUGAAAAAAAUUUUCACACUGCACAAAAAAUUUGGGACACUCUCUCGUCAGGUGUGACUGUAGUUUAUUUUUAUUUUUAUUGAAAAUCUAGAUGAUCCACAGUACUUAGAACUGCAAAAGAUAAUUACAAAAAUCCAUGAAAUUUCAUGAGAAGCCAGAACUACAGUACCCCGAACUACAAAAACCUUGAGCUUAUUUAGUUUUUGCAGUUCGGAGUACUGUAGUUCAAUUUUUGUUGAAUUCCUAGAAAAACGAGAACUACAGUACUCAGAACUGCAAAUUUUUAAGCAUAAUUUAAUUUUGCAGUUCGGGAUACUGUAAUUCAAGUUUUUUUAACUUUCAAGAAAAUCAGGAAAUAUAGUACCCAAAGCUGCAAAAUUUUUCAAAUUAUCUAGUUUUUGCAGUUUGGCAUACUGUAAUUUUCUAAUUUUAAUUGAAAAACUUUGAUGAGCUACAGUACUCCUGCGAACUGCAAAAAACAACAUAAAUCCAUGAAAUUUCAAGAAAAACUAGAACUACAGUACUCAGAACUACAAAAAUUUUCAAAAAUCCUCAAUUUUUCAUUUUCACAGUACUCCUCCGAACUGCAAAAAUAUCCUAUUUUCUUGAAGUUUGUAGUCUGGGUACUGUAGUUCAAUUUGUAUGGAACUCCAAACUGCAAAAGUCCUAAACUUAUCCAGUUUUGAAAAAUUUAGAUGAGCUACAGUACUCAGAACUGCAAAAUUUUUCAAAAAUCUCAAAAAAAUUGACAAAACAUUUCCACGUGACAUAUUUCACGUGAAAAUGUUCAUUUUGAAAAAAAAUCCCCCAAUUUUUGCAGACCGUUGCCGUGAAAUCGGAACAAUGUCCAAUUUUUUCUCCGCUUGCGUCUUCGAUUUAAUGCUAACCGGCGACGACAAUCUCGUUCUUCUCUCAAAUUCCUCGCAAUCCGAUUUCCACCGCCUUGCUCCCCACCAUCUUGUCAAUCGGCUUCUUCACAAUCCAAUUUCAUCUCCAAAUUCUUCGCCAAUCUUCACAAAUUGUCUAACUCCUUCAUUUUCUGAUUUCAAUUCAUUUUCAUUUUCAAAAUAUCUUGCCAUAAUAAUUUCCAUCAUCUACCUCUUCUAA